AUGGCCGCCCAAUCCACCCUCCGCCCGUCGAAGUCCGAACGCCUCUUCAAUACAUUCUACGAGCGCCUUGUCAAUGUCGUCAACAGAUGGCAGCAGCGUAAUCGCUUGUCUAAAGCAACCGCCCGAAGACUGGUCGCGAUAGCCUUCACUCUCACAAUCGUUGUCGGCGGGUAUGGCGGCUACAGAUGGCGAAGGGAAAGACGGAAGAGCAGAGAUGAAGGACGACAGCUCAUGCGCUUGAACAGCAGUAAAAGACUUAAGGACGGCGACAGGGUGCUGUAUGUCGACCGCAAAGGACAGCCCAGUCGUGUCGACAUCCACCCAACCAAGCAGAGUACAUUCGAUGCGCACAAGCGGCUGUUCCUUGGGUCGGCAGUCCCGUCUGGUCACAUCAGGCCCGGCCUCAAUCAAGCCUUUCUUCACCAGAUCUCUACCCUCCUCACCAUCAUGAUCCCUCGGUGGCGGAGCAAAGAGGCGGCGCUGUUGUCGAUGCAUGCCGUAUGCCUUCUGGCCCGGACAUACCUCACCAUUGUUGUCGCACACAUCGAGGGAGGCAUCAACGGCGACCUGGUUGCAGUGAAGGGCCGCUCGUUCUUUAAGAAAGUGGGAUGGUUCUUGCUGGCUGGACUGGUCGGCAGUGGUGUCAACCACCAGAUCAAGUUUCUGCAGAGCAAGAUCUCCAUCGCUUUCCGUACGCGAUUGACGAGGUAUAUCCAUGAUCUGUAUCUCAAUGGCAAUCUGGCGUACUACAAGCUACACAACCUGGAUGGGAGUAUCGAAGGAGCAGACCAGUACAUCACGCAUGAUGUUACUCUGUUCUGUGAUGCGGCUGCCUCGUUAAUGAGCUCUCUGGGCAAGCCUUUGGUCGACCUGUUCGUACUCAACUACCAGCUGUAUCGCUCGCUUGGAAGGCUCGGGAUAUCAGCUCUACUCAUCAACUACUUCUUCACAGCAUCGCUGCUUUCCAAAGCUACGCCCCCAUUCGGCAGAUUAAAGGCGAAGGAAGGGCAAAAGGAGGGUGAGUUCCGCUCGAUGCAUGCACGAUUGAUUGCGAAUGCGGAGGAGGUUGCCUUCUAUGCUGGAGGCGCCACUGAGAAGAAGCAGCUCAGCGCAGAGUUCAGGAGUUUGAAGCAAUUCAUGGAGGCCGUAUAUCGGACACGGAUCGCUUACCACACGCUGGAAGACUACGUCCUGAAGUACUCGUGGUCAGCAUAUGGGUACCUUAUCUCCAGUCUGCCAGUCUUUUUGCCAAUGAUCGGAGAACUUGCGCAGCCACCUCGCCGAAAUGUCGACGGUGAUACGGCAGAGAGUUGCAACGAUCCAAACGAGAAGAGCUCUACCCGCAUGCAGCAGUUCAUCGUGAACAAGCAGAUCAUGCUCAACCUCGCAGAUGCUGGAACACGGAUGAUGUACUCGAUCAAAGACCUCUCCGAGCUUGCUGGGUACACUUCACGGGUAUUCAAUCUCAUCUCCUCCCUCCACCGUGUCAACGCGAAUGCACAUUACACCCACAAAAACCGCUACCCGGAACCCUACAGCUUGGCCGACGUGGGCGGUAGCAUGGUGCUCGGAUUUGAUGGCGUGAGACUGGAGGAAGUUCCCAUUGUUGCACCAGGCUUGUGGCCGAUGGGAGGUGAAGAGCUGACCGAGACGCUUUCACUCCACGUCCGACCUGGUGAGCACGUACUUAUUACUGGCCCCAACGGUGCAGGGAAGAGCAGUGUUGCUCGCGUUGUGGCUGGACUGUGGCCAACCUACCGUGGCAUCACAUGUCGGCCUCGCGCGGUGGGUGAGGACGGCAUCAUGUUCAUCCCUCAGCGACCCUAUCUGAGCAACGGCACGCUCAGGGACCAGAUCAUCUACCCGCACACACAAUCCGAGAUGGUCGCUGCGGGUCAGCAGGACGGAGAUCUACAGGCUGUUCUGGACGAAGCGAAGCUUGGGUACCUGGUCACCAGAGAAGGCGGCUUCGACACCUCGAAAGCAUGGAAGGACGUCUUCUCCGGCGGUGAGAAGCAGAGGAUGGGCAUCGCGAGGCUGCUGUACCAUCAGCCCAAGUACGCUUUCGUGGACGAAGGCACGUCGGCCGUCUCAGCGGAUGUUGAGGGAGGGUUGUAUGAGAGCUGUAAGGCGAAGGGUAUCACGCUGUUGACCAUUUCGACCCGCGCCUCGCUCAAGCGAUAUCAUAAUUUCUUGCUCACGCUUGGGCUGGGCGAGGAUGCAAGCCAGUACGAGUUUGUGCGGAUUGGCACGCAGAGCGAGCGGGCGAGUGCUGAGGAGGAGUUGAAUGAGUUGCGUGAGAGGCUGCGAGCGGCGGGGGACUUGCGGCAGAGGAGGGAGGAGAUUGAGGAGGAGUUGGGGAGGGUGUGGGUGGAGAAAAAGGAAGCGGGGGCGGGAGAGGUGCUGGAGAGGGCUGAAUAUGAGGAGCAGUCGGCUGGAGGGUGA